AUGGCAGAUCAACGAUCAGCAUUCGAAGCACGAAAGCACCAAGUAGUAUCCUCGCUUGUUGAAGCCUUGGAUCCUGAACGACGAGACAAAUCGCCCAAAGGAUUCAUUGACGCACCGAUCCUUGACUUGAUCCACACAAUCAAUGAGCACCCCGAUUACUACACCACUAGCAGCUGUUCCGGUCGUAUUGCUAUCUACUGUGAAGGCCUUGAAGAUGAUUGUGAUACGACAACUACCAAGGGUGGCACAUGGUUGUAUGUCACACAUGAUCCUGUCGAUAUUCCCCAUAAUGCUGAUAAUGAUUGGAUUCUACGAUUGCUAUUUGGACAAGAACGUGAUCGUGUUGUACUUGGUAGUGCAUGCGAUGAGCUUACAAGCACUUUGAUGAAUUGGCAAAUGAUUUACUUCAAGUUUGAGCCAUUGAUCCUUCAUGUGGAGUCGGCAUCGUUGGAAGCAUCCAUGCGUCUCAAUAGUCUGGCUUUUCAAGCAGGUUAUCAAAACAGUGGCAUCACACCUUCACGUACACGAGAAAUGUUGGCCAUCCGCAGUACUCACAAGUUGGAUACGCCUAUUGCCUAUAUUCAUCCAUCCACCAAGAGAAUCCAUUGCAUUGUCGAUCCCGGUUAUCUUUUCUUACUUAUGCACAUGUCCAAUGACAAGUUUUCUCAGAAUGCUGAUCGCAUGAAGCUCUUUGAAGAAGCCAUGAAGAAGGAAGUAACUGCCAAGAAGACUGAGUUGGCCACGGAGACAAAAGAGCAACGUAAGGAACGGAAACGAAGGGAAGGAUUGGCAAGAAGAGAGGCUUUGGCAAAAUUAGAUACCCCCAGGAAUAGCACACCUGAUGAUGCGAUUGAUAUGGGAAGUCUUUCUUUAGAAUAA